AUUAGAGCCGUGCCCGACGAAACGUAAAUAUUUAAACACGAACCACGAAGACGAGCGCGGUUUCACGCCGGGAGCGGCUAUCGAGAAGCGGCCGCACGGUGCGAGCGGACACCGCCUGGUGAUUCGGCUACGACAAGCGCGCGAGAAGAGGAGCGAGCACGAUGACGUACUACUCGGGUAUGACGCGGGAGCGCGCAUGGGGCCACAGUCGCGUCCACGUCGAGGUUGUGAGCGCGCGCUGAGAGACACUGAGGAGGAGAGCUGGGGCGCGAAAGCAUCGACCGAAGGCACCGAGAGCCUCAGUGAAACCAGUAAAGACCGUCUCCUGCCGCCAUCAGGUCACUAUGACGCCAACACGAUUUGCCCUUGUGAUUCUCGGGUUUGCUGUGGCCUGUGCUUUGGAGACCAGCAACUCCACCACUGAUGAGCUGAACAUAAAGAGCAGCCCGGGCAAUGACACAGAGUCGCCAGGGACCAGCACAGCGAGCGAUGAUGACAGCGUCACUACCUCGUUCCUCAACAUCACCGUGGACACCACCAGCAUCCCCAGUACCAACAGUACCAACAGUGCCAGUAACCAAACCAGCACCACCAGCAGCGCCACCAGCACCACCAGCAGCGCCACCAGCAACACCAGCAGCACCACCAGCAACACCAGCACCACCAGCAAGCCGGUACCAACGGCGCCGCCAGAUAAUGCUAUUCCCACCACACCUAAAUCCAGUGGACCAGUCACAACCACUUCUACCACCACCAAAAACAAUAAAGACACUGGUGUCAAACCAAACGUUGAAGAAAACAGUGGCAACCGCGCCGGUGUCAUCGUCCUGAUUGUGAUCAUCAUCAUAGCUGCUGUGUUUGUAGCCGCCUGCUGCUGGACACGGAGGAGAGGAAGGCGCUACUCCGUGGACCCCACUUCUCAAGCGGACGGCGUCAACGUCCCCCUGAGCGCCGUGGAGCCCGCGGAGCCGCCCGCCAGCCCGGUUCCUCACAACGGUCUGCAAACCUUUGAAAGUGCAGAAAGGGCUUCCAGUGAGCCAGAGGUGAAAUGUGAAGUGCAGGAGGAGCAGAAAGCCGAGGCUGAGGAACCGGCCGCGGAGCCCGGCGCCGACCCCGCGCCCCCGGCCCCGGACGGCCCCGGGGACGAGGCUGCCGCCGAGCAAGGCACCGCCGCAGCCGCGGAGCCGGAGACGAGCGAGGACCAGGGCUCCGCCUCCGCCGAGGCGUCGGAGGAACCGGACGCCGGGUCCAACGAGAACAACAGCAACAACGCGGGCCUGGAGGCGCGAGGCUUCAAGGGGACCAACAUGUUCUGGGACGUUCCUCUCCACAGCCCCGUGUGACCUCCCUGCGUGAUGAAGAAGGCGGACGACUCCACAACUCAAGCGACCGAACUGGAACAAUGCAGCUUUCCGCAGGUUUAGUAGAAACAGGAAAUGAAUUUGUAGCUUUUCAAAGUAAAUGUCAGUCGAGCUCAGCUUUUCUACUGAAAACACGCAUGACGUUUGUAUUUUUGGUAUAAUUUAUUUUAACUAUACAAGAUUUGGUUUUUCAAUUAUUGUGAAUUUUCCUCAUCUAAAGCAACUUUUUCGACUAAACUACUGUUAUUUUGCCUGUAAAGUGUAAAUAAAAGCACUGAUUGCGCUUCAUGAUAAAUAUACCGUAGCUCUUCACACCAUGGACACAUUACAGCAUUUCAGAUAAUAUAAUCACAUAAACCUGUGACUCCAAGUCUUAGUUUUUUAGAUGCAUUUGCUUUCACCUGUGUGUAGGAUUUCAUGUCAUUGCUGUGAACUGUGUUAAUAAAAGUAUUCCACCUUU